UGAUAUGGCCGGAAGUCAACCAACCAAUGCCAGCUCGAGCACCUCAUUCAAAAUGAAAACAAUGCUGCUGGGGACGGUAGCUUAGUUUUUCAAGAUGACAAGACAAUAGAAAUCGGAAGAUUACAGAAUACAAGCCAGAUAAUGCCUCCAAUACAGAGUGAUGAAGAAUACGAUGCUGCCGUUCAAGGCUGGGAGUGCAGAGAAACAAAUCACGGUGUGCCAUACUAUUUGAAUGGCUCACUUAAAAAGUCAACAUGGGACCAUCCAUAUUAUACCAGAGUCCUGGAGGAGUUAGAGAAGUAUCAGACAGUGCAUUAUGCAGCUUACAGAACAGCACUCAAGCUUCGCCACCUGCAGAAAAAGUUUGGAUUGGACCUUCUGUCACUGCAUUGUCUGCAGACCGUGCUGGAUGAUCAUGGCUUUCCUCUGGGCUGCACUGGUUUGAUUGACUGCCAGAGCCUGCAACUACUGCUGCUGGACAUGUUUCACUCCGCAGACUUCCGACACUUUGACACGUUCCGCCAGGAUGCUGCCUCUGAGCUCUUACUCAAUUAUCUGAUGAACUUGUUAGACAGAGAGAGGUCUGGAAAUAUGAAUGUCCGAAGUGUAAAACUUGUUUUGGCUGCACUGUGCAGUGCCACACUUCCACAGAAAUAUCGAUAUUUUUGGGAGGAACUACAAACAAGUCAUACACAUGCAAGGAAGGAUUCUGUGGCUGCUUUUAUUCAAGACCUUAUUCAGAUUCCAGACCUGAUUAAGGAGAGCAGCCCCUUUGGGAAAAAUGUUGCAGCAGCUGUCAGCAGUUGUGUGAAAGUGGCUGGAUCAGAUGUCGCAGGCAUUACUGAAAAAGGAUUUUAUUCUUGGUUGAUGCGAGAACCUCAAACUAUCAUCUGGCUGCCAACUUUACACAGGUUAACAGCAGCUGAAACAGUAAAACAUGACUGUAAAUGCAAUGUAUGCAAACAAAACCCAAUAGUUGGCUUUAGAUACAAGUGCCUGCAGUGUUUCAAAUACAACAUUUGCCAAGACUGUUUUUUUCAUGGCCGAGUGUCCAAACAGCAUCAUCCAGAUCAUCCCAUCCAAGAGUAUUGUCUCCCGGCAACACCAAAAGAUGAUACCAAAGCCUUUAUCAAAAUCAUUCACAACAAACUUCGCCCUAGAAGCCUUCGAAAGAAAAAAUUGGCGUACUUGCCUGUGGACAACUGUGGCAACCAGAAUUUUUCAGAGUGGAGGACAAAAGAGGAGGUGUCAGCCCCAUCAUCGUCCAUGGCUCAGCACUCUAGUAUCGAAAUCAUUGUGGACGCUGGGACAGUGUCAGAGGAUGACAGUGGCCACAGUUCUGAUCAUUGUGGGGAUGGGUGUGGUUCUCCUCUACGGGCACCUCCCUCCCCCUCCCCUCUGUCUUAUUAUGAUAACAGCACCUCUCCUGUUAGAUACUUGCAGGAGCACAAACCAAACAUGUCCCAGAACAGGAUGACAGAUAGGCAUAGUCUCAUUCACCUAGUACACAGGCUGCGACGAGAAAACAGGGCCCUGCGCCAGCAGCUGAGGGGUGGAUUGCAUAAUCAUAGUGACAAAGACUUGUGGACUUCACAUGCUACAGCUGAAGUAAUUGCAGAAGUUACCGUUGAGCCCUCGCGUACCUCACAAAUCUUUGCUGAUCUCAGUCAAACAGAUAGCCAGGACACUGUUUCUGACAAUCAAGAACUCAACCAAAAAUCUGUUGAAAAGCAGGAGCAGCCUGAAUUUCCCAUUAGCCCCAUAACAGAGACCUCCACAGCAUUGUCCAUGUGCUACUACUGCUACACCAGUGAAUGCUUUAACUCCAUCUUGGAUGGAGAGAGUCUACAUAGUCACCAAUCAUCAACAGAUUGUGCCAUCAAAGGUAUCGGCGUACUGAGGGUGUUAUUCUUGCCUCAACCCCAGCCCAGAGCCACCCAAACUCAAUGCCACCACUCCUCAAGACUGGCCCCACAAAGCCACCUCGCAUCAAAGAUGCUGUGGAAUUGCAGACAUCAACAGGUGUCAGACUGGAUGCUGAUGAUGGUUAUGGACUAGAGGCAGAGCAACAUCCAGCCAACGUCCUCAGUGAUGAUGGAGAGGGUGAAGUGUCAACAGUCAUUAGUGACAAUGACAAGAAUGAGGAUGAGUACAGUUACACUCUGAGUUCAGCAAUAACAGAUAGAGGCACACCAGCCUCUAGUCUUCCUACAAAAGGUCAUGUACGAUGUGACAGGCGGUGGUUGAGAAUGUCUGCAAGUCUUCACACUCCCACAUCCACCCAGUGUUUAAUGCCUGCAGCCAUGCUGCACAAGGGCCCUUCCGUCACAUUUUUGGACUCUGAUGAUGUCCGAGACAGGAGAAGGUCCACAGGCACUCUUGACGUCUCCUCUGCUCAUGGCAUAUCUAGCCUCCUUGUAACGCCAGAGACUAGCAGGGGAGAAGAAUCGAAACAUGCACCACCUUCUUGGGGGUUAUGCACACCUGGAGCAGACAAAAGCUUGUUUGGAGUCUCUAGGACAGACUCUUGUUUGCUAACUCCAGAGAAGGCAGAGAUAGAAGCCAUGCUGCAGUGGAUCGACAAUGCUUUCCCUCCAAGUUUGACAUACUCAGCUUUAUCACUAUGUCCUGAUGAGACAACUGCUCAAGACCGUAUGCUUAGGGCAGCUGAAGACAUAGGGCAGGCUAUGGCAGAUCUCGUGCAAGCAACAACUGAUACAUGCUGCACGUAGUACAUCUCAGGAGCAUCUUAAAGAACACCUGCUUCAUUUUCCCUGAAAACAUCCUAAUAGCAACAUUAAAGCAGCAGAAGUCUUACACCUGGGAAAAAAAACUGUUCUAAGACAAGGACACAUGCAGACAGGAUAUUCAGGUGAACUAGAUGUUGCCUUUGGUUAUAGGCAUAGAAAUACUCAUCAACUAGUCAGUUGUGCACAUAUGCACACCUACUCAGGUAAACUUUUAGGCAUUCAGAAAUAAACAUAUAUUGAACCUAUUAUUUAUUAAUCCAGAUUAGGUAGUGUUGCAUUAAGACUUUUUUGAACCAAAUAUUAAUUUUGGUUCCUGCAGAGCCCUUGAUGAGUCAAAGAACAGAUGCUGUAGUGUCAGCUGAGUGCAGGACAUUUCCUAGUUAAGAUUCAUACAGGAUGCCUUUUCCUUCAGCAACUGCUGUAAAAGAGUUGUCAAGUUAUUAAAAUAUAUUUUUUUUAGAUGGAGAUCACUGUAAAAAGAGCUGAAAGAAAAAAGAUAAUGAGAUAUUUUACCACACAUUUUCACUGACAGCAAGAUUUUCUAGUCACCUGGCAAAUAUUUGUGACCACAGCAAUUUUUGUCAAGAGUAUUUUGAUAUCAGAAAUCCCAGAGGGCUAGGAAAGUUUAAGAACUAUUAAGUCUUAAAAGUGUGGGUAGGUACUGUUGAACUAUUAAAUCUUAAGACUAAGAGUGUGGGUAAGGGUUAGGGUUAGGGUUAAUGAAGACUUACUUACUCAAGAAGACUCUCUUGUGUGUUGUAGCCAUAGAACCUCAUGACUUAUGUUCAAGGGAAGAAGUUAUAGUGUAACAUAAUGGGUAUUGUAUCCACACCUAUUUGUGGCAGUCCCAACAUUGGUGCACAGCAUGUUCAUGUGGAUUUAUGUCCAUUCUAUUUUGCUGCUAUUUCACCUGAUUAUGUUUGUACAUAAUCACAACUGCUAACACUCAAGGCUGUAACAUUGAACAGAUGCAUAAUUUAUUCACCUACAGCUCCUUUAUACACACUCACAAACAUGUAUGCAUCAUGCUCUGUAUACAUACCUCAUAAAAAGCAUCUUGAGCAUGAGCAAUUUUCAAACAUUAUUAACAUUUUCAUUUUGUUAUAUAUCAUGUAUUUAUACCAGAAUGUUCAUCACAAACAUUGUAAUUGGAAAGUUUGGGAGGUGGUGUGGGCAUUUGGAGAACACAAACAAGAGAAAGAGUACAGUUGGCUUGAGCAAAGCUUGGAGUGUGGCAUAGAAAGUCCAUGUGUACAUACAGCAUAACAGUGUUUGCUUGUGGCAUGCUACGGCAAGGAGUUGUAACUCUACAUGUUAGUUUUCAGACUAAAAGCAGCUUCAUAUGAAGAUGGCAUCCUGUUGCUUGAUAUGUUGAUGAAGUGUUUGCUGUUGAUGGCAUACUAAUGCUAAAGCUAUAUGCCAUGCCUUGAGGGAAGUCCGGAGGUGGGUUGUGAUGAAGUUUGAUGACUGGAAUGGAAAAAUUGUAAUGAACAACUUAACGGCAGUUAUGUUUCAGCUUUUUUGUCAACAGAUUCACUGCAUUUUACAAAGCAUGUUCUUUGACAAAGCAUGACAUCACUUUACUGUUUUACUGAAUGCCAGAAUGCUGCUGUUCAUAUAGCCCCACGUUGUUCCCUACAACAUUCCCCCUGUGCAUGAUCACAUUUUUAAUGCUGUUUCUUUUAAAUGUUCUACAGCCUUAAGAUUGACACUCUGUUUUUUUUUGGUAUUUGGCCCAGAAAGUUCAGGGUGGACGUCUUGGGAAUAUAAGUAUGCUGACCUGUUAAUUUUUUAUUUUUUUUUACAUUUCAUGGUGUUUAUAUUGUACAGUAUUUGAUCAGUUGUUGUAAACUUUGCCUUAUGUCUAGUCAAAGUUUAAUUUAAAUUUGACAGUGUGCAGAGUCACUCCCAUUCACAAGGGAGAAUCACAGUGUUAGAAUCCAUUAUCAGAUAAAUCACUGAUGUAUGCAGUAUGUUAUGUGUUGUAGGUGAUUCCUCACAAUUGGCACAUUGUGAUAGUUUUGCUGUAGCCAUAUUAGUUGUGAGUGAAAGAUGGUUAGCUAUGGGAACAAGAGUGGGAUUCUGCAGUGAUUGCAUGUGACUUAUACUAGUCUGUAAAUGGCCGUAAAUAUAGCAUAAGAUGAACAUGAUUGUUCGCUGCAACUUAUAAACAUGAGCAGUCAGCAGUGAGAACAACAUGUGAACUUUUCUUCUUGUUCCUAUUCACCCACAGUGGAGCAUAGGGCCGCAAACAUGUCCCGCCAUCGGACCCGGUUCUGGGCGUCCUUUUCCAGUUGGAACCAUGUCAUGCAACUGCCUCCGCCUUGCUGUGGACUGAUCUCCUCCACGUCUGUCUGGAAGGAGAUCUGUCCACAACGAGGCGAAGGCAGCAGGCAACAUGUGAACUGCCUUGUACAAAUAAUAAUAGCUGAAUUUGUAAAUUGCAUUUCAUCAUAUUGAUGUGAACUUAUGAACAAUCAGUAGGGAAAAACAAUACAACUGCAUGUUAUGAGGUCAUGUUUGAUAUUAGCUCCUAGAAGAUCUAAUUUUUACUGAGAUGUUUCAAAUAUGUUUCAUGUCAUCCUAUCCAUCUUGAUAUUUUGAGGGUUAUACAAGCAACACAACUCAUUAUAAUACCCUGCCUGAUUGUUCAUCUUAUUAAGACUUUGACAAGAACAUUGCUUUUCUGUGAAAAUUAUGAGGAUGGAAACAAAUAUUUGAUCACGUGUUGGUAGAAAAAAGGUUCCUGCACAGUGUACUUUGGUCCUUGGUGCUGUCAUGUGCACCACUGCCUGAUGGCUUCGUGUUUUCGCGUUUCGCUUUCGUGUUUGUUGCUGUAGGAUGGCUGUGGUGUUGUCUUGUGGUACAGCUGCAGCAUUUCGAUGGUGAAAACAUGAGCUUAUUGGCACAGAGUGGGUUUUUCUUUCUGAUGCUGUGAAACUUAUGGCACAGGCAAUUAAGAGAUCGUUUUCUUCCCACUCUCUAAGCUUGAAAUUGAAGAUGUCAGUCUUCUUUUCAUUGUUCUGCAUUAGUGACCUUGAAAACAGGUUCCAGAGAAUAAGUUGAAAAGAUGUACAAAACCUACCCACAGUUGGGGGUACUCCCAGUCUCAUGGACACUUUUCACAGCUGAAUACCCCCUUUUUGGGGAUACUCCCUGUCUCAUGGAUACUUUUCACAGCUGAAUGGCUGUCAGACCAUGUUACUAAAAAUCUGAAUAGUUAAAAUCAUAUUUUUGCUCAAGAUUUUUGGUGCUUUACUACCUUUAAGCAUUGGGCAUAUUCACAUCUUAAAAGCAGUAUCUGAAGAUCAUGUCUUUUUGUCUUUGAGACAUAUAUCAUUUUGUCUUAAAAUGUGUCACAUCCAGAAACACUAUUUCAAGAACAUUAUAUGUCAUUAUAUCAAUUUUCCCUAUUUUUUUAAAUUUUGGUUCCAUGUCCCAGUAAUGCCUGUCAUUUUUAAGCUACCAGUAUUUGUAUUUUUGUACCCUUUUGGGUGUUUUUUGGCCUCUGCAAACUGUGCAUUUACUAUGCUAUAGUCUUGUUGUGCAUCUUGAGCUUUUGUCAGUUCUGUAUUUAUAUCUCAUGGUGCAGCUACAGUUGAAUUGGUUGUAUGUUAUACAUUUAUUUCCAGGGCUUCAAGACUGUGCAGCUAUCAGCAUUGGCAAAUCGGAAUAUUGGUAUUUUGAAGCCCUAAAGGUUUUCAUUUAUAAAGUGAUUGUUAGUCACCUGUCAGAAAUCCACCACCUAAGUUUUUUAUGUACAUUAUUAUCUGCUUGGAGGACCUACUGAUGCCUUAAAAUGAAAAAAAAUGUUCCAAUUUUGAAAAUGUUUAUUUUUCGGAGAGUCACAUUUUGUUUCCUUAUUUUCUCCUCUGUCAUCUAAUGUGACUGCUACUUUUAUCUUGGGACCUUACCUGUUGUACAUUCCUUCUGAAGGUUUGUUCUUUCUAUACCCUGGACCAUUCUUUACUGUUUAUUGUGGCCAGCAUGAGAAUCCUCCCGUACAUCUUGAGUUUUAACCAGCAGUGCACUCAGUGGAAAUGAAGCCUUAUCUUUGUUAUUCCCUUCAAAGUUGAGAAUAUACUGUGUACCUGUUGUUGUGUGUGUGGAGGGUGUUUUUUUAAAUUUUUUUCUUCUCUACAACAUGACUGUUUCAGUGAUUUUUACCAAGGGAAUUGGAUUCAUCAUGCAGUUAGUAUAGGCUUUUACCUUCUCGAUCAACAACUGUGUUUUUGCUUUGAUCUUACCUAGUUUUAUAUAUUCUUGAGCUUUGAUCUCAUCAAUGUUGUAAAUUUCUAAAGGUUGUGAUCAGUUGCAGCAAUGCUGUACUCUUCCCUUCACAGACCCCUCUGCCGGCAUUGCUUGCAACUGGUGAACUCUGCUUACUCUUCCCCCAAGCUUAAGGACUCUUCAGAAUCUUCUUCAUUUUUGACUAAGUUCAUUCCUUGCCCUUCGGGUGAAGAGGCCUGAAGCACUUUCAAGACUGCACAUGCAGAAAUAGAUGGACCAUUGCACAUGUAAUCACAUUUCUCCAUUUGUUUGAAUAAUCUCAUUAAUUGAUUUAACAAUAUUUUCUGAGCAUUUCUUUUGUCAAGAACUAACCUCUUCAUGGCUGUUGGAAAUGCAUGUGGUUGCAGGUCUGAAGUAAUGGUAUACAUGUACAGUAUUAUCAUUUUUGCCAUCAUCAGUGGUCAUCGUCAUUCACUUUCUUAUCGCACUUAUUUGUAAAUCACAGCAAUAAUAGCAUAUCUUUACUUAUGCAUAUCAUUUCAGCAUCCAUAUACACACCCCACUUAAAAGUUUUAACAUUUGUUACACCCAUCAUACCGACCAUUCCAUGUCAUACUUGUUCCUGAUGCACAUCCCAAUUUUCUUCUAGAUUUUGUUUUUCUUGUGAUUUGGUGCUGUGCAGCCCUUG